AUGGCGGCCCCCGCCCGCUCCGCGGCGAUCCAGAUCGUCCGCCCCCCCGACACGCCCAAGCCCGAGACUCCCGACCGGAAGAAGGCAUCAGAUGCGACCCAGAGGUUGUGCCGGAACGUGUUAAUCUAUGGCUCGUGUCGCUUCCAGGACCAAGGUUGCGCGUACUAUCAUCCUCCGCCCGGAACCGACCCCACUGUUGUACCUCCCAAUGCUCCUCCAACUCCCAAGGCGACGACGCUGAAUGCGUCCGCCGUACCGUACGCCACGCCAGACAAGGAGGCACGCGCCCCAUCGGGUCUCGGUGUCGAGCACCUCGCCGCGCCUGUGUUUGUGCCCAAGACAGCGUCGCUCGGCGAGACCUCGCCCCAGCAGUUCGUGGCUGCUGUCGACGGUGCUGAUGACGGCAGGAGCACUCGCUCCGAGUGGAUGAAUGCCGCGCCGUUUGCACCGCCAGCCGAGCCCACCAUUCCCCCUCCCCCUCCUCCUCCUGCCCCCGUCGCUCCUGUUGCCGUCCCCGUUCACACAUACGAGGAGGGGCUGGCAACCUACGAGCAGCCGAUGGACGCUUCCAUGUUCAUGGCCCCGCCGCAGCGCCGAGUAGUGCCGGAUCACCACCUGUACACUGCGCCGCUGCCACAUGUUGUUGGUAGGCAGCCCAUGCGCUCGUUCUUCAUCCCGGACGACCUUCGUCGUAUGAUCCAUGCUCGCCAGGAGGCGACCUAUGCCAACCCAGGCAUUGCCUCCAGCCUCCCUAGCGAGGUGCAUGUGUACCACUCGCUUGUUCCCCUGGGCAACCCGGCCACCCAGUCGGCUGUCAGCAGGGUGUACCACCACCCCGGUCCGGCGUAUCGCGCCAACAGCACCAUUGAUGGUAACGUUUACUGUCUUCGCCGUAUCGAGGGUUUCAAGCUUGCCAGCGAGGCAGCGUUUGCCGCUGUCGAGACUUGGUGCCAAAUGCGGCACGCGAACAUUGUUGGUCUGCGCGAGGCGUUCACUACCAAGGCUUUCAAUGACAAUUCCCUUGUCAUGGUGUACGACUUCCAUCCCGAGGCUGUCACCGUCGCCGACGAGUGGCUCAGUCAGGAGAGCAUUGCGCGCCGUCGCCAGGCCAACGUGCCGAUCCCAGAGCGUGUUAUCUGGAGCUACGUGAUCCAGAUUGCCAACGCACUCAAGGCGAUUCACACUGCUGGUCUUGCCGUUCGCGGCCUGGAUGCGACCAAGAUUCUCAUCACGGGCAAGAACCGCGUGCGCAUCAACGGUGUCGGCAUUCUGGACGUCCUUGCGUUUGACAAUGCCACCCCGAUGCCGCUCUUCCAGCAGGAGGACCUGUACAACUUUGGCCAGUUGAUCCUGUCGCUGUGCUCAGACUACAUGCAGCCGGGCCAGCACUACGCCCAGGGCCUCGAGUACAUUGGGCGCGCGUAUAGUCUUGACCUGAAGAACCUCGUCGCCUACCUCCUCGCCAAGCCGACGGCGAUGAAGAGCAUCGACGAGGUUCUCCGACUGGCCGGUCCCCGAAUCCUCAACGAGCUCGACGCACUGCAGACGCAGAACGACGUGCUCGAGAGCGAGCUCGGGGCCGAGGUCGAGAACGGCCGCAUCGCGCGCCUCAUAACUAAGUUGGGCUUUAUCAACGAGCGUCCCGAGUUUGACAUGGACCCCCAGUGGUCCGAGUCCGGCGACCGGUAUGUUCUCAAGCUGUUCCGCGACUACGUCUUCCACCAAGUCGACGCGAAUGGCAAGCCCGUCCUGGACAUGUCCCAUGUCCUCACGACGCUCAACAAGCUUGACGCUGGCGCAAGGAGCAGGGAGAAGGUCAUGCUUGUCUCUCGCGACUCCCAGUCGUGUCUGGUCGUCGAGUACCGUGAUAUCUACAAGUGCAUCGAAUCGGCGUACAACGAACUGCGCGCAGCGAGCAAGCAGCCGAUGGGACGCCGCUAG